AUGCCCCAGGCUUUGACAGGAGUCGCAGGACUAGCGUUGGUCUUUCGGUAUACCAUCAAGACAUGGAUUCGAUGGAUGUUGCCUCACGUUAGUUCCCCGGAAAGAGUCUGGGGUAUGGAGGAUAUUCUGUACGGCACUGCAUAUGCGUUUGAUGUCUCGCACAUGGUCUUCAUUCAGCGCAGGUCGGUCAUUCUGGAGCAAGAAAAUGUGCCUCGAGUUCCUUCUGACACAUUGACAAGCUUUGAGAAUGGCCUCGGGAGGCACAUGUGGUUCCUGACGGAUUUGGAAAGAAAAAUGGCGUUGAAGAACGAGUUCAUUUCCCAGCCGCUGGCUGUCACUGCGUCCAUGUUGAGUCGCUCCGGCAUGAUGUGUUUCCUCUACACGUGCUUUAGCAGCAUCGAUAAGCAUAUCCGGGUAUCCAUCCUCAUGUGCAUGGCAAUACAGGUCGUGGUGAACAUGGUGACUGUGGUUCAAAUUAUCGUGCAGUGCGGACCCGAUCCCUACCAUGCA